GUCGAGGAGUCAGUGCGACUUCAUUUGCGACGAGAAGAAGAAGUUCGAACGAAGAAUUAAGACAAAAAAAAAAAGGCAAUAAUCAGUCAUGUCGAAGCUCCUGUUCUGCUUUUGCGUCGUUCUGCUGGUCGGAACGGUCAUCUCGGCGACAACAAAUUACGGAAAUAGGCAUGCAUUGAGAGGAUCGAACGUAGGAACACAGGCGAGAAAUCAAUGCGGCCGUCACGGUGACGACUGCACCGGCAAGAACGCUGUGCAAUGCUGCGGCGGAACUACCUGCCACCCAUACGCGGGAAAAUGUCAAGCAAGAAUAACCGAAGCUGAUUUGGCCGAAGCCAGAUUCAAGAUUCUUGGACGCAGGGAGAAGGACAACUAAAGUGCAUCGUUAAUACCUCCGUCGCGUCGUGCGAAUAAUUGCACGACAAUGUUUUACAAGAUGAUAUAUAUAUUAUAUAUACAUAAAUUUCCGAAGAUUUUGAAAAAUGUAACGCGAUAAAUACAAAACAAUUAUAAUUAACCAUCGCUGAUUCAUUUACACCCUGUAUGUGUGGAAAACUGCU